AUGGGUUAUGAGGAUCUCAAUCUGCCGAGGGAUACUUUGUUGGUUUUCAAAGCGUUAGGUGAUUUUGAAUUUGAACUUUCAUGUUUUGUUGAUGGGAUGUGUGGUGAAUCUUAUUUCACGUUUAAUCGUUAUGCAAGAUUUGGUUUUACGGUAAUUGAAGACUGCUUCAUUAAACAAUUUUAUGUAAACAACGCACCAAGUGGCAAAUUUCAAAUCUGUUAUAAGGGUUCCUAUUGGAAUGUUGAGGUGUCUAAGGUUGAUACAAUCUUUGUAUUUGCUAGAGGAUGGCGUGAAAUGUGCAAGGAUGUUGGGAUACUUGAGGAUGAUUUGCUUGUGUUUAGCAGAAUUGAUGAUGUUGUUUUUGAGAAAGCUGAAUCUGACGAUGAUAGUGUACUUGAGAUAUCGAAGACUGAUUAUGUUGAGAAUGCAUUCAAGGACAUCUAUGAGGAUGAAGAAGUUGUGUCUGUAGGUGAAGGAAGAACCGUUACUCAGAAGAAGUUACAAACGAAUGCCGAAUGCACGUCGAAGAGACGCAUGUCUUCACGAUUGAAUAACACACAAGAUGUUAAGAAGAAAGGUAAAGUUACUUCUGAGAGAAAGGAGACGGUCAAGAAUAUGACUAAGGGAAAUGCUGCCUUACCUGUCGACACAAGUGAUCAUAUUGGAUGUUCUUCAUCUGCUCACAAAGUUAAGGGGAAGAGAGCCGCCAACGUUCAGAAAAAGCUUAUCUAUAGAAAUAAGAUUAUAAAGACUGCAAAAAAACAUUCUGGACAUCUUCUCGACCCUGAGUUCUUUCAUUUUAAUCGCAAAGGAGACUAUAGGCUGCGUCUUCCUGUUGAAGUUGCCAGACGAGCAGGUCUUUCUGUUGAUCUUCAUCCUUUGAAAUUUCAAAACAUGGUUGGAGUUGUGGAGGUUUAUGAUGUUAAGUUGGAGUUAAAUGAUUUGAAGCCACGUUAUGCGCUGGACGGUUGGCGAAAGUUUAUGACUGAGAAUAAGUUGAGAUUUGGUGAUAUGUUGCACUUCACAUACGUGUCUUCAGAACAGAAGAUCAUAUUAAAUCAAGUUACCUCAGUUUAA